GCCAAACAAACGCACGCGAUCAUUUAAAGGGCGCGCCGGGCGGGAGCUGCUGCGGUUAGCCGUUAGCUUAGCUCAACACGAACAGCAGAAACACAGAGGAAAACUGAUAAUUACGGCUCAACCAGUAUCUGGCUCUUUGCCCACGGCGACACUCCCUUCAGGAUCAACCCACUUAAUAACGACACGUUGUCCUGGAGACAGAUUCUCCGUGGAGAACAUUUCCUGAAUGUUUCCCUGCAGCGCAUUCCUCCAGCGAGGCUCUGGAGAAGCCUUCAGUGGACAUCAUGCAUCAGCGGCCAAAGAUCCACAUCUUCCUCGGCGCUCCUCCUCCUCCUCCUCCUCCUCCUCCUCCUCCUCCUCCUCCUCGUCCUCCUUCACCUGGUAUGGAGGAAGAGGAGGAAGAGCGUCCUGCAGGAUGGAGACACCUGGAGCUCACCUGGAAGGCGGGCCGUCUCCGACCCGCUGCAGAUGUUCCUGGGAACGAGGAUCAGAGUAAGGAGAAUCCAACAGAACCGGAACCGGGUCGGGCCACAAGGUCUGCUAGAGGACGAUCCGAUGGAGGACUGGCGCCUGAAGCUCUGAGGACCAAGGAAGACUCAGAUGGUUCUGAGGAGGAUCUGUGUUCUGCUUCGGUCCGGGAGUAUCUGGACCGCUGUUUCCCUCUAGCUCCACCAGAACCAGAACCAGAGCAGCAGCCUCUGUCCACCAGAACCCAGUUCCUCAGCAACUGGACUCUCAGCCAGGCCCUGAUCCUGAGAGGAAGACACGCCGUCCAAUCAGCACUCAGCCCAGACGAAGCCCCGCCCAUUCCCCCGUCCGGCUCCUCCAGCACCCCGGAGCUGUUCAGCCCGGCCGCCUCGUCUCCUGGAGACUCCAUGGAGCUGUUCAGCCACACCUGUCCGGCCUCCAGGGCGGAGCAAGGUGGGGUCGUCAUGGAGGUCACCGCAGACGGCGUCCUCUGCUCUCAGGAGUCCGACCCCCAGGCGUCCCCCGCAUCGCCCCCCUGCAGCAAGAAACCACGACCCUCAGAGGAGUCGACAUCUGCAGCAACAGAGAGCUCCACCUCCACCACCCGUCUGGACAGGUGUGACCAGGUGGGACGCAGGUACUCUGUCCUGGUGGUGGUGGUCCACCCCUGCCAUCUGAAGGAGGUCCAGGUGCGGUCGGGUCUGUCAGCAGGAAGCCGCAUUCCUCUGGCCUCCAUGGUGGUGACGGACCAAUCAGGAGCCGAGAUGAAGGUGGUGCUGUGGAGGAGAGCGGCCUUCUGGGUUCUGACCGUGAGUCCUGGAGAGGUUCUGCUCAUCACAGGGCUGCAGGUGAGCGAGGACAGGUGGAGAGCAGAGACUGUCCUCCAGUCUACCUUCUCCAGCAAACUGCUGAACCUGGGACACGCCUCCACCUCAAAGCCAGUUAGCCAGCAGGUUAGCGCCCGCGCUCUCCGCUCUCUGUGUGGUUUCGUCAGAGUGCGGCGCCCCCUGCUGGUGUCCGUCCCCAGCCGGCCCCAGCAGGAUCUGAGCCGGCUCCCUUACACCACCCUGAGGUCGCUACGGGUCAACACGCUGGUUCACGCUCUGCUUCGUGUCACGCACUCUCACAUCAGCUCAGAGUGGAGAGACGAGGCCGAGUCUCGGAACCGCUCUGCGGUCCAGAUGAAGGCGGUUCUGAUGGUGCAGCAGCCGGGCGGACAGCAGGGGGCGCUGCUGCUGUGGGGGGCUGCGAUGGACUGGCUGCCUCGCUUCAGUAAACACAAAGAUGCUGUGUGGGACUUCAGAGUGCUCCUGGUGAGGGAGGGUUUGACCUCUGACCUCUCAGAGCUGCACUCCACCCCCUGGAGCUCGGUGCGGGUUCUGGACCCGACAGACCGCCGGGCGCUGGACUUCCUGCGGGCGUGGUGCCGUCCAGGGCCGAGCGACGCGGCUCUGGAGCUGGAUGUGGACACGCUGUUGUCUCAGCAGUACAGCGGUGAGGUGGAGCUCAGAGUCCAGGUGCUCAGCUUCCAGUUCCAGGAGGCUCUGCCCUCCCAGAACCCGGCCCAGCCGGUUCUGGACAGCUCCACGCCGCGGGCCGGCCUCCUGGCGGCGCUGAGCGGUGACAUCACCUACACCGGCUGCAGCCGCUGCACCACCGAGCUGGACACGGACCGCAACGGGAUCUACACGCCGUGCUACGCCUGCCUGCCGCUCACCGCCCUGCGCCGCUUCUACAGGCCAGGUGUGUUGACGGUGAGUGGGCGGGGCUCCGCCCACCUGACGGUCCGGGUUCCUCCUGUUCCUCUGCAGAAAAUCCUCCAAGCUCCUCCGGACCGACUCCAGCGCAGCGCAGCUCCAGGUUCUCAGAUGCGACACGUCCAGGUGGCGGCGGAGAAGCUGCAGGCGCUGCUGGCUCUUCCCAGGAAGUGGGUGGUCAUCACGGUGCGGAGCCACUUCCUGUGCGACCAGAACAGCGUUCCCCUCAGUCAGGACUUCACUCUGAUGGACCUUCAGGUUCCGACCCGGUGAAGAACCCACCUGGUGGUGUGUGCACUGGACUUACUGUCCCCUACAGAGACAACCUCAGAGUGUUGGACACCUGAAGACAUGCAGGACGUCUGUGUGGGUCUGGAUCCUCAACACCAGAACCGACUGACGAGUUGGGAGACGGACUGGCAGAGAAUCAUGGAUCAGAGUUACCUGUUCCUCAU